UCGCUUUGAAAAAAACACAAUUGAGCGAAUACACAAUGUAUAACAAUCUACAUUCACACAUCUGUGUUUGCAAAUAAUGCCAGUGCCACAGAGCAAACAAAAAAGAAAAAGAAAGAAAUGUUAUACAGUAACAAAUGAACAAUGGUAAGCACGUGCUACUACUUAGUUACCUUGACCGUAAUGAUUUCCUUGAUUUUUAUGGUUUCUCUGGUCACCUUGUUACUUGCAGUCUUCAUUGGACUCCCCACGUCGAAUCUUUGCAUGGUGGCUGUCUUGGCCAUGAUGAUUACCAUGAUCCUUGCCAUUACUUCGUUGUGUUCCCGUUUUCUUGGCCUUCUCCAUUUUUGUUGCCCCCACCAUGUCGAGUCUCCAGAUGAUGAUUGUCCUGACCGUAAUGUUUGUCACGGACUACCUUACGAUUUCACCACGCAACAAAACCUACUGCUCUGGGAUACAUGUUUUGCACACGCUCUAACACUUUCUUGUACUCUUUCCUUGUCUGAACAACUAGCAGCUUCAGAAGCUCCUUUUGCAUCUCCUCCAUUUUCCUCUCGUCACCAUCAUGCAUAGCAUCAUCGUAGGCCUUGACAAGUUUUCGGACGUUCGUUCAUAAUGAACCGUACAGCCCUUGACAUAAGUAAUACUGUCGUCACGACCAG